GUAGUUGAUACUUUUGUGAAAAAAUAAAAGAAAUAAAUGUUAGGAAUAGAAACAUUUACUUUUGUGGAGAGCUAAAGAUGUAUUAAAAUAUUUAUUAUUGGUGUUUUGCUAAAAAAUACAUUGCAGCUCCAAAGAAUAUUUAAUUGUCAAAAAACAUAAAUUAAUUAAAUCGUUCAUUUAAUCAAACGAUUAUUGGCAAGUCACCAAAAUUUAAAGUAUUCAAAGGAGAAAAUGCACUUGCUUUAAUUGAGGAAGAAGAGAAAGUGUGAGAAUAUUUUCAUGUAAAGUUUAGCGGAUUAAAAAGUUAUAAAUAGGAAAUUUUGACUCAUCAAUAUACCGGUAACUUAAAUAGGUGGCAGUAGUUCAUAAAUUAAGAAGACUCAAGGUCGACGUCUACUUGCUUUCAGUGGUGUUAGUUUUUGCUUCGUUUUUGGGUGUGGGUUUUCCUAAAAGCACAAGUAACAAUAAAACAAACUAAACAGACAGCUGCAAAUUAUGGCCAUUAGCUUUGAUAAGUAUAGGAAGCAGAUUGAAGCUGGUUGGAAAGAUGUUUUGGACGACAAGUCAUCAACUGAUUGGGCAUUGUUUGGAUAUGAGGGUCAGACAAAUGUCUUAAAACUAGUGGCAAGUGGAGAGGGUGGCGUGGAAGAGUUAUGUGAGGAUUUGAAUAGUGGAAAAAUAAUGUAUGCCUUCGUACGAAUUGAAGACCCAAAAACAGGAUUAAAAAAAUUCUUGCUCAUUAAUUGGCAGGGCGAAGGUGCACCUGUUCUACGAAAAGGCACUUGUGCGAAUCAUAUACACGACGUAGCAAAAUUGUUGUCAGGAGCUCAUCUAACAAUCAAUGCUCGAAAUGAGGACGAUAUUGACUUGGAACGGCUUUUGAAAAAGCUUAGUACAGUUUCAUCGGCGUACAGCUUUAAGGAACCACGAGCUGUAAAUGACGAACAAAAAACGCCUAUAGGUACAAAUUACACUCGUGUUAUACCAACUAAAGAAUUAAAUGCAUCAGUCAUGCAAAAUUUUUGGAAGAAAGAAGAAGAAGAGGAGAAACAUCGUUUGGCAGCUGAUAGAGAGCAAAAGCGUUCAGAACAAGCCAAGUUAGAGAAGGAGCAGCGUGCACGAGAAGAAAAGGAGCAUUUAGAAAGGGAAAAAAAAUUGCAGAUGGCUAAUAAAUUACAACCAGCUCAUGUCCCCAUUAAAACGUCACCACAACCCUUAAGUCCCGAAAAAACUGUAGCUAGUAGUUUUGGAUCGGCAUUAACCGAAGCGGAACGUAUGCGACAACAGCGCAGCCAAGAAGCGAGAGAAUUAAUUGGAACUCGUGUUGGGGCUGCAAAAGCAAUGUUUACUAAACAUACUAGCGAGGGACAAUUACAAUGCAAACUAAAUACGGCACCGCCAGCAAAACCCGUUCGAAAUUCUAUAACACAGCGCAUUCAUGUUUUCAAUCAAAAUCAAUCACAAAAUGAAUCCAACAUUGUACUUUCGCACGGACACCAAGUGCUUGGCAAAACUACUUCUUCCAAACAAACACUAGAUGAACCUACAAAUGCUCCAAAAGAUGAGAACAAAUUUGAAAAAGAAGAAGGAACAAGCCACAAUUUGGACACAAAUUUGGAGCCUGUUAAGCCUGAAAUGACAGCUAUAGCUAAUAUUGAAGAGGAAUCAAACAGCAUUGAUGAUUACCCGUUAGAACCAGAUAGUGAACAGUAUUCGACCAUUAAAAGGUCACCACAUAGCAAAUCGAAUUCUUUACAAUCACCAGACGAUACAUCAUCAUCAAAUAACACGGAUACUGCCCUGUAUCAAGACGAAGAAGAAGAGGUUAUGCGUACUAAAGUUUCAGUAACAGUGCAGCAAUCCCAGUCACAAGCGGUAGCUACAAGUAAGAAUGGUUACUUGGGAGAGAGAAAUGACAUGAACGAUAUAGUUAACGAAGAUGAUUUCAUAUGUCAGGAUUCAUUGGGGGAUUUGGGCUUAAAAGCCCGUGCAUUAUAUGAUUAUCAAGCAGCUGAUGAAUCUGAAAUUACCUUUGAUCCCGGCGAUGUUAUUACUCAUAUUGAUCAAAUCGAUGAAGGGUGGUGGCAAGGUUUGGGACCUGAUGGAACUUAUGGACUGUUUCCGGCAAACUAUGUCGAAAUAAUAGACUAAUAAUCUAUAGGAAGGAGAAAAUUUUUUAAAAUAUAUAUUUUACUAAAAUUUUAGGUUUAUAAAAUGUUUAGAUAAUUUUAACAAAUAAAAAAAUUAUAUAUCUUGUUGAACGUAGGUCCAAGGCAUAGAUUAUAUUUUAUUUGUUGAAAUUACUUUGCAUAUUUACAAGCAAUAGUUAAAAAAAAUCCAAUUUUAAACUCCAUAUACAGAAACUGUAAUUUAGAACUUUUGCUAAUUAAAUAUUGUAUCUACAAUUAAUACUUAAUCAUUAUAUUAGUGGUGCCAACUCUAAAGCAUUAAUAUGUAUUUUCGUAAAAAAUAAUUGUUUAUACAUUUUUUGCAGCUUUAUUUUUAAGACCUUAAUAGAUUGAAUCCAUUGUCAAAACCUGCAAAUGACAUCUUCAUAAAUAAUAAGAGAUUUGGAAAUAAAUUCAUAUUCAGUAAUAAAUUAUAUGAAUUUGCUACCAGUUUCGAGUCUUUUUAAAAGUCACUAAAUGUAUAUAAAAUGUUUACUUUAUAUACAUACAUACAUGUAUAUAUAUGUAUGUAUUAAUAUUGGUUUGUUAAAUAAAAAAAACUUUGAAUUUCAUUUUGAUAAUUUAUGUCAGUUGCAGAUUAAUUUUAAGUCAUAUAAUUGUUUUGUUUUUCUUACGUCCUUAUUUUAACUAUUGCGUCCUGUCACACAAUUAUUAUUUUUGUUGUAUAUUAUAUUUUAUUAAAAAAAAACUACGCUUAGCGUUUAUGUUUUUAUACAUAUUAUUUUGAAAACACUUAUGUCCUUUUUAUAUUUUACUCUUUCAUACAUUCAUAAACAUAUACAAUAAACAAAAAAUAUAUUAAAACGUAA